AUGCCGCCGCGAGCUUCCUCUUCCAGAGCAGCGAGAUCUACGGCGGACUCGCCAGCACCUGGGACUACGGCCCCCUCGGCGUCGAGCUCAAGAACAACGUCAAGCGCCACUGGUGGCAGACCUUCGUAUGGGGACGCCGCGACAUGGUCGGCCUCGACGCCGCCAUCCUCAUGCACCCCGAGGUCUGGCGCGCCAGCGGCCACGUCGAAAACUUCACCGACCCCCUCGUCGACUGCCGCAGCUGCCGCCAGCGCUUCCGCGCCGACAACCUUGAGGGCGACGCCUGUCCCAACUGCGGCGAGACCGGCACCUUCACCGAGCCCGGCAGUUCAACCUCAUGUUCGAGACCCACGUCGGCCCCGUCCAGUCCGACGAGAACAGGGUCCACCUCCGGCCCGAGACCGCCCAGGGCAUCUUCGUAAACUUCGACAACGUCCUCAACACCACCCGCCGCAAGCUCCCGUUCGGCAUCGCCCAGAUCGGCAAGACCUUCCGCAACGAGAUCACCACCGGCAACUUCAUCUUCCGCACCCGCGAGUUCGAGAUCAUGGAGAUCGAGUUCUUCGUCAAGCCCGGCGACGACGAGGAGUGGCACGGAAGUGGAUCGACGACUGCAUGGCGUGGUACACCGGCCUCGGCGUCGACCCCGACCGCCUGCGACUCCGCCCCCACGAGUCCGACGAGCUCGCCCACUACGCCAAGGCCACCUACGACAUCGAGUACCUCUACCCCUGGGGCUGGGGCGAGAUUCAGGGCAUCGCCAACCGCACCGACUUCGACCUCAAGGCCCACUCCGACGCCAGCGGCGAGUCCCUCACCUACUUCGACGAGCAGGCGAAAGAGCGUUACACCCCCUACGUCAUCGAGCCGUCCGCCGGCGUCGACCGCGCCGUCAUGACCUUCCUCGCCGACGCCUACACCGAGGAGGAGACCCGUCAGCGCCAAGGGCAAAACCGAAACGCGCGUCCUCCUCAAGCUCCAUCCCGCCCUCGCGCCCGUCAAGGUGGCCGUCCUCCCGCUCAGCCGCAACGAGCGCCUCGUCCCGACGGCCCACCGCGUCCACGACCUCAUCCGCGAGUCCGGCGUCGUCGACGGCCUCACCCAGUACGACGACGCCCAGAGCAUCGGACGCCGCUACCGUCGCCAGGACGAGAUCGGCACACCCCUCUGCGUCACUGUCGACUUCGACACCCUCGACGACCAGGCCGUCACCAUCCGCGACCGCGACACCAUGCAACAAGUCCGCGUCCCCAUCGACAACCUCGUCGACGAGCUUCGCAGUCGACAGCCACGAUGAAAUGGGAGCAGAUUCAGCAGGCGAUACAAACAAGAGACAUCAACGUUUCACGCCAUGCACUAAGAGAAGCCAUCGCCGAAGUUAUUUCCGUUGACGAAGUGCGUCAAGCACUGCUGAGUAGUAUGAUUAUUGAGGACUACCCCGAACAUAGACGUGGGCCGUGUUGUUUAGUGUACGGGCAGACCGAUGCAGGGCGGGACCUCCACGUAGUUAUCACGUCCACGCUAUCGCCUGUACUGGUUAUAACAGUGUAUGAACCGAGAGCGCCAUUCUGGACAACACCCGUCACGCGAGGAAACCAAUGA